AUGACAGCUCCAGUUCGUGUCCCGCACGUUGUUCACUCGUUGCCCAUGUCUGGUUGCAUGUCUGUGCUUGCAUCCAACACCGCACGAAGAUGGGAAGCGCAACUGCUGCUGGGUCUUGAUGCGCUGCGCCGUAAUGACAGCUCCAAUUCAUGUGCCGAAAUGACAGCUCCAGUUCGUGUCCCGCACGUUGUUCACUCGUUGCCCAUGUCUGGUUGCAUGUCUGUGCUUGCAUCCAACACCGCACGAAGAUGGGAAGCGCAACUGCUGCUGGGUCUUAAUGCGCUCCAGUUCGUGUCCCGCACGUUGUUCAUCUCGUUGCCCAUGUCUGGUUGCAUGUCUGUGCUUGCAUCCAACACCGCACGAAGAUGGGAAGCGCAACUGCUGCUGGGUCUUGAUGCGAUGUGCCGAAAUGACAGCUCCAAUGGGAAGCGCAACUGUUGCUGGGUCUUGAUGCGCUGUGCCGAAAUGACAGCUCCAGUUCGUGUCCCGCACGUUGUUCACUCGUUGCCCAUCUGUGCCGAAAUGACAGCUCCAGUUCGUGUCCCGCACGUUGUUCACUCGUUGCCCAUCUGUGCCGAAAUGACAGCUCCAGUUCGUGUCCCGCACGUUGUUCACUCGUUGCCCAUGUCUGGUUGCAUGUCUGUGCUUGCAUCCAACACCGCACGAAGAUGGGAAGCGCAACUGCUGCUGGGUCUUGAUGCGGUCAUGCAAUAA